UCUUUUGUUACAGCCGAUAAGCUUCCGCCAGGAUUCCCGCAGAUCGUCCAAUCGCCCGCGACCAAUAAAGUGGUCGAAAUUGGUCACAAUACCGUGAUACAAUGUAAAGCUACUGGGAAUCCCACACCGAAAAUAACAUGGCUCAAAAACAUGCUUCCGAUCAACACCACCAACAACCCCCGGUAUUCAAUUCGAGAGGACAUGCCAGGUUCUCUACAAAUAAGAAGUAGCGAAGAAAAAGACCACGGCAAAUAUGAAUGUGUUGCUGAAAAUAGUAUUGUACGUCGAGUGUCGCCUCAGUUCUCGAUUCCCCCGCCGCCAAUCAAUGAGGUGAAACUUGGCGACGACUUGAACCUGACGUGCGUGGCCGUCGGCUCUCCCAUGCCGUUCGUCAAGUGGCGCAAGGGCGAGGUGCAGGACCUCACGCCUGAAGACAAGAUGCCUAUCGGUAAGAACACUUUGGAACUGACCAACAUCCAGGAGUCGGCAAACUACACCUGCGUGGCGGCCAGCGCUUUAGGCAUCAUCGAGGCACUCGCCCAGGUCAAAGUACAAUCAUUACCGGGACCACCAAUAAACGUUAAGGUAUCGGAAAUAGCGGCGACGUCCGUCAGACUGACUUGGUCAUAUAACGGGCCGGAAGAUCUUACCUACUACGUCAUCCAAUUUAAGCCGAAGUACGCGAAUCAGGCAUUCAGCGAGAUUAGCGGCAUCAUCACUAUGUACUAUUCGGUUCGUAAUCUAAGCCCCUACACGGAAUACGAGAUGUACGUCAUUGCCGUCAAUAAUAUCGGGAGGGGCCCGCCUAGCGCUCCUGCUAUAGUUACCACUGGAGAAACAGAACCUGGAACCGCUCCUAGGAAUGUCCAAGUAAGACCAUUAAGUUCGAGUACCAUGGUAAUUCAAUGGGACGAACCGGAAACACCAAACGGACAAGUUACGGGAUACAAAGUGUAUUACACGACAGACUCCCAGUUGCAAAUGGCACAGUGGGAUUCGCAAGUAGUCGAUAACAAUCAAUUGACAACAAUCAGUGAGCUUAAGCCUCACACAAUUUAUACAAUUAGAGUACAAGCGUUUACCUCAGUCGGUCCGGGUCCUCUUAGUCCCCCGGUCCAUGUUAAAACACAACAAGGUGUUCCGAGUCAACCUUCUAAUUUGCGCGCGUCCGAUAUCGGCGAAACUUCGGUAACGUUGCAGUGGAGCAAACCGACGCAUUCCGGCGAGAGUAUCGUGAGUUACGAACUUUACUGGAACGACACGUACGCGAAAGAAAAACACCACCGGCGCAUACCGAUCUCGGAGUCGUACACUCUGACCGGACUCUAUCCGAACACUCUGUAUUACGUGUGGUUGGCGGCCAGAUCGCAAAGAGGAGAAGGCGCCACCACGCCACCGAUACCAGUCAGAACAAAGCAGUAUGCAACACAUUUGCAAACCGUAUGGGAUAAGUUAACCGCUAACGCCGCCGUAGUACCGGGCGCUCCGCCAAGCAACGUUGUGGGGGAGGCGGUAAGUCCGACUUCCAUCAGAGUGAGCUGGGAUCCCCCGCCGGCCAAUCGCAGUAACGGAAACAUUAUUUACUACAAGCUGCAAUUUGUGGAAUCCGAUAGAUCUGACAGUGAAGCUUCGGUGAUUAAAUUAAAUGCCACUAGCUUUGAGUUAGACGAACUCAAACGUUGGACGACAUACCGUAUAUGGGUGCUGGCUGGUACAUCCGUUGGAGAUGGGCCCAUUUCGUUUCCCAUCACCGUUCGCACCCACGAAGAUGUGCCUGGUGAUCCGCAAGAUGUUAAAGUCGUACCAAUCAAUUCAACCACCAUUAAGGUCAAUUGGAAACCUCCAGGGACCAGGGAUCGUAACGGCAUCAUUUUGGGUUUCCAUGUCCAUGUUCAAGAGACCAAAGAGGAGGGAAAGAACUUUUUAAACGAGCCGAUGAGGUUUGACGUUUUUGGAGAUGACGUUUUGGAAUUAAAUGUAUCAGGUCUACAACCAGAUACGACUUAUGCCAUUCAGGUGGCAGCACUAACCAGAAAAGGAGAUGGAGAUAGAAGCGCGCCUGUGAACAUCAGAACACCUGGAGGUGUACCCAACAGGCCAGAUAUGACUAUUAAAAUUAUUGAAAGAGAGCCCACAGUCACAAUAGAACUGGAAUGGUCUCGACCUUCACAAACUUAUGGAGAGUUAAAAGGCUUUCGUCUACGGUACGGUGUUAAAGAUCAAGUAUUAAAAGAAGUUAAUUUAAAGAGUACUCAUAAUAAUUACCGCAUAAAUGAUUUGGAAAGAGGAGUAGAAUAUGAGUUUAGAGUGGCCGGACAAAAUCAUAUUGGGGUAGGUCAGGAAAAUAUUAAAAUGAUGAAUACGCCUGAGGGACCUCCCACAGGAUCUCCGACGAAUAUAAGUUACCACUUUCAAACUCCUGACGUAGUUUGUGUGACAUGGGACCCACCAAUCAAAGAGCACCGAAAUGGCCAGAUAGUUAAAUACGAUAUUCAUUUCCAUAAGAAAACCGACCAUAGUAAUAAUAUAGUUAGAAAUGUUUCGCAUACAAAAGCUGUAUUUACAAAUUUGGAAGAAAAUACCGAAUACGUGUUUCAUAUUAAAGCGUAUACCAGUCAGGGAGCCGGUCCAAAUAGCGAAAAGUACACGAUACAAACUGAUAGAGAUAUCGGAAGGGCUCCUAUGUCUGUAAAGGCAGUGGCAACGUCCGAUUCGAGUGUUGAAGUUUGGUGGGAACACGUGCCUUCCAGAGGAAAAGUGAUAGGUUAUCAAAUAUUUUACACGAUGACGGCAGUCGAAGACUUAGAUGAAUGGCAAAAAAAGACUGUCGGUCUGACGGAAUCUGCCGAUUUAGUUAAUUUAGAAAAAUACGCUCAAUAUGCUGUAGCCGUUGCGACAAGGACCAAAAACGGUUUAGGUAGAUUAUCGGAGAAAGUAACUGUUAAAGUUAAGCCCGAGGAUGUUCCUUUAAACAUACGCGCCCAUGAAGUCACCACUCAUUCCAUGACACUCUCAUGGUCACCACCAAUUAGAUUAAAUCCAAUUAAAUAUAAAAUAUCGUUCGAUGCCAUUAAAGAAUUCGUAGAUUCGCAAGGUAUAACCCAAACUCAAAGCAUCCCCAGAGUAGAAUUAAUUUUAAAUGAUGAAGUUAAAUCGCAUACAAUCAAUGAACUAUCACCUUUUACAACUUACAACGUUAAUGUUAGUGCAAUCCCCACCGAUCACUCAUACCGUCCACCGACCAAAAUCACUGUGACCACCCAAAUGGCGGCCCCACAGCCAAUGGUUAAGCCCGAUUUUUACGGAGUGGUUAACGGAGAAGAAAUACAUGUUAUUCUACCUCAGGCCUCAGAAGAAUACGGUCCAAUUAGUCACUAUUUCUUGGUAGUUGUUCCCGAAGAGAAGCAGACAAUACAAAUGAACCCUGAUCAGUUUUUGACCGAUAAUUUAAUCACCAAUGUAGCGAAAAUUCCCGAGGAUCCCACUUUAUCGUAUAUAGCAGCUAAAUUCCCGCAAAGAAAUAUCCCGUAUACAUUUCAUUUGGGAACCGGUGAAGUAAACGAUGGUUUCCAUAAUUACAAGCUAGAGCACGGCAAACGUUAUAGAAUAUUCGUCAGAGCAGUAGUGGACACCCCACAGAAGCAUCUUUAUACCAGCAGCCCCUUUUCCGAAUUUCUUUCUUUGGACAUGAGGGAAGUUCCUCCUGGCGACCCACCACUAAGACCGAACCCCAAUGAGCCCAGCAAUAAUGAUGUAAAGGUUAGCUCGCAAAGAAAAGAAGCCGGAGUUCUCUGGAUUGUAGGGCCUAUUAUUGCGGCUUUAUUUUUGUCUGUGAUCCUAGUAGUAUUGUUCAUAUUUAGAAAGAGAAGGCAACCCUGUAAAACCCCUGAUCAAGCUGCCGUUACUAGGCCUUUAAUCCCUGCGGAUUUAAAUAGUACCACCGCACCAAGCGAUCCCGUAGAAAUGAGAAGAUUGAACUUUCAAACACCAGGAAUGAUGUCGCAUCCACCGAUUCCCAUUUCCGAGCUGGCCAAUCACAUCGAACGACUGAAAUCAAACGACAACAUGAAAUUCUCGCAGGAAUACGAAAGUAUUGAACCCGGUCAACAAUUUACUUGGGACCAUUCAAACAUGGAAGUCAACAAGCCUAAGAACCGUUACGCUAACGUUAUCGCCUACGAUCAUAGCCGAGUUAUAUUGCCUUCAGAAGACAACUUAUUGGGAAGUGACUAUAUUAACGCCAAUUACUGCGAUGGUUACAGAAAACAUAAUGCUUACGUGGCGACCCAAGGACCUCUGCAAGAAACUUUCGCUGACUUUUGGAGAAUGUGCUGGGAACUUAAAACCGCCACCAUUGUAAUGAUGACGAAGCUAGAAGAACGCACCCGAAUUAAAUGCGAUCAGUACUGGCCUACACGAGGAACCGAAACCUACGGUACCAUGUCGGUAUCCAUCACAGAUGUGCAAGAAUUGGCUACGUACUGCAUUAGAACCUUCCAAAUUCACAAGCAGGGCUUCAGCGAAAGACGCGAAAUCAAGCAGUUGCAGUUCACUGCCUGGCCCGAUCACGGCGUUCCCGACCAUCCAGCUCCAUUCCUGCAGUUCUUGAGAAGGGUGCGCACUCUUAAUCCUGCCGAGUCCGGUCCUGUUAUUGUUCAUUGUUCCGCCGGAGUUGGAAGAACAGGUUGUUUCAUUGUUAUUGACUCGAUGCUCGAACGUAUGCGCCACGAGAAAACGGUCGACAUCUACGGCCACGUUACUUGUCUACGAGCACAAAGAAACUACAUGGUACAGACUGAGGACCAGUACAUUUUUAUCCACGAUUCUCUCGUAGAGGCAAUUAUCUGCGGAAUGACCGAAGUACCUGCUCGCAAUCUCCAUUCACACAUUCAGAAGUUGAUGCAGUUGGAACCUGGCGAAAACAUUACCGGAAUGGAACAUGAAUUUAAGAAAUUAGGUAACAUAAAGACUGACUCAACGCGCUUUAACACAGCAAACAUGCAGUGCAACAAGCACAAGAACCGUUUGGUACAUAUCUUACCAUUCGAAAGCACCAGGGUGUGCUUGCAGCCAAUGAGGGGCGUAGAGGGGUCCGACUAUAUCAAUGCCAGCUUUGUUGACGGCUACCGUUACCGCAAAGCCUACAUCGCUACCCAAGGUCCACUAUCGGACACCACUGAUGAUCUUUGGAGAAUGUUGUGGGAACACAACUCUACUAUCAUUGUUAUGUUAACCAAGUUGAAGGAAAUGGGAAGAGAAAAGUGUCACCAAUACUGGCCCAGCGACAGAUCUGUUAGAUACCAAUGCUUCGUGGUGGAUCCUAUUGCCGAAUAUAACAUGCCGCAGUAUAUUCUUAGAGAGUUCAAAGUGACAGAUGCUAGAGACGGUUCGUCCAGAACCGUGCGACAAUUUCAGUUUACGGAUUGGCCAGAACAAGGGGUUCCUAAGUCGGGUGAUGGAUUUAUUGAUUUUAUUGGGCAGGUGCACAAGACGAAAGAACAGUUUGGGCAGGAUGGACCUAUCACGGUUCACUGCAGUGCGGGUGUUGGUAGAACUGGUGUGUUUAUAACACUCAGCAUAGUGUUGGAAAGAAUGCAAUAUGAAGGCGUAGUUGACGUUUUUCAGACAGCUAGAAUACUAAGAACGCAACGGCCUGCUAUGGUUCAAACAGAGGAUCAAUAUCAGUUCUGUUACCGUGCCGGUUUGGAGUAUUUGGGUUCCUUUGAUCAUUACACAAACUAAGAUAGGAUGUAAAAAACAACGUAGAUGCAUGCUAUUUAAUGGCGAGCAGACAAUAACAGCAGCUAUUUUAUUUGUGAGAGUCCGCAUAUCCAAUUGUUACUGCCAAACAUGGACAAUUUCGAGCACGUCUUAUGUUAUACCUACCAAUAGUAAAUUCAAUGAAAAUAGUGUGCAAGUGUGUGUAAAACUAUGUGCCUAACGUAUAUGUUGGAAGAAAAAUAUAUAAAUAAAUCUAUAUAGUUUGCUCUAAUGUGCACAACCAUUUGUGGACUAUUAAAAUGACUUGGGUAGAUUUUUUGUAUUGUAUUGUGCAAUUUUAAUGUGUAUCAUAUAUUAUUUUUGGCAAUAUUCUAAUGAAUUCCUUUACAUUUAAAAUGUGGCAUUAUUGAUUUACUGUAUAUUAAGAAUAUGAAUUAUUGUAAACAGUAUCAACACUUUGUUUAUGUCC